CUCUUACCAGAAGAACCUCAGUCAGCUUCGUGAUAUGAGAGAUGAAGGCCAAGCAGCCACCUGCUAGGCGCUGCAAAGUUGACUGGACGUAAGCUGAGGUUAUGUGACGUCAGGGGAGGUCUGGCAUUCCAGUAUUAUUCAAUACAUGCUGAAAACUCCAUGAGAAAGAUCAUAGUGCUGAGGAACCAGCGAAAACACAUCAGUUGAAACCCUAGAAUAACCCGCAUCGCCGAAUAUUACUCCUUUGCAUUAUAUCUACUCUUCCGGCGAUAAGAACAAGAUCGACGGCAUCACAAUGUUCGCCAAUAAAGAGGCUGUCAAAGCCAGACGACAAGAAGAGGAGCAGAGAAGGAAAACAGAAGAGGGAGUACAGCUUCGGAAAAAGCAGGGACAAGACUCAGCGACCGGCGAGCAGGUGUGGUAUUCUCGACGCGUCGAAGACGGAUGCCAACUGCACUGGGCUAUCAUCACGCACGGCAACAGAUACAUACUUCGGCUACCCGAUGGCAUUCCGUCGCGAGAGAAAGUACCGGGCAGCACCUUCGAACCCCCGCGCGAGUACGAGGCCAAGGUGGUGCCAUGGUCACUGAAAGAAGAGAGAAACCGGCUGCGAACGCUGGAGCUCACCAAGUCACGGGACAAGGGGCACACACAAGACUAUACCGUCUGCCAGAUUGGCUGGACGACUCUCACCAAGGAGGAGGUCAACGCCGAAUGGGAAGCCGCACGCAAAGCACUCUCAGUGGACGCGCUUGGGUUCGACGACUGCCGAAACCUCCUCAAGAACUUUGCUUGCAUCAUCAAAAAGCCCGGCGGGUGUGCCUUGGACUACGACUGGUUCGCCGAGAGCCUCGAGAUGCCGUCCCACAGGCUGCACGAGAUCACCCCCGAGAAGGCUAUCAAAGCCUUCCAGCACACGUUGCAAAAUAGCGGGUGGCUACUAGGUGGCGCCGGCGCCGGAGCUGGGAUUGUGUACGGUACUUAUAAGGCAGGAGAGCACAUGGCAUCGAUUGGGACGCAGGAUGGCAACCCUGGUCUUGCAGCUAGCAGUGUUGAAGGGGUUUGCGCCGUCGGUUGGUGUUGUACCGGCUGCGACUGGUCUUGGUGUUUUUCAUGUGCAUGUCUAGCAGGAGCGUGCUAAUUUCUCAAAGCUGUACUGAACCUUUUGCGCAUGAUAAAUGACCACAAAAUGAGCAAAUACCAGACACGCUG